AUGGACGACCCCCCUACCGAAAUCGAAAACAUCGUCCUCCUCCUCACCGAAGGCACGCCCAAACAACAAGAAACAACCAUAAACCAAUACUUCACCCCCACCGCCUCCUUCACCCACCCCUUCUGCCGCACGGGCUCCUUUCAAAACUCCCGCUUGUUAAUCCACUCCAUCUUCCGGUGGUACAAAAUCAUGUCCCCCCGCAUCUCCGCCCACGUGCUCGGAAUCGCGUACGAUGAGAAGAAUAUGGUGUUGUAUGUCGAUAUCAAGCAGGUCUUCGCCAUCUGGUUCGUGCCGUUCCAUAGGUCGCCGGUGCGGUUGACGACGAAGUUGUCAUUGACGAGGCGGAGGGAGAGGGGGAUGCCGGAGGGGCGGAGGUAUUACAUCCAGAGUCAGGAGGACUUGUAUCCCGUCGAUCAGAUGGUCAAGUUUUUCGCUCCUUGGGGGGCGGGGACGACGGUGGUGUAUACGUGGCAUUUCAUCGCUACUGGCUUCUGCGUAUUGCUUGCUAUUGCUUUUGCGUGGUUCACGGCGUUGCAGGAGAGGUACGCUACUGGGAAGGCGAGGGGGGUGGAGCAGGUGUUUAUGCAGGGGGUGGAAGGGAUCGCGGAGAGGAGGAUCCAUGGCCGACAGCGCAGGAUCGAUGGUCGACAAGCUGCAGACCAGGUCUCGGAGGCCGCCAGCGAGUUCAAGCAGAGCUUACUCGCCAAUCUCGAUGCCGAUACGGACGAGCUGGUACAACGACAGCGAGGAGAUAACGAGUCCACGCCUGCCAUCGAGCAGUUUGGCAAGAUGCAGGUCGUGACGUAA